GGGGCUUGACAUGACUACUUCCUGCACACACAGCAGGAUCAGCUCCUCUCCCUCCCUCCAUCCAUCAGUGAACCGUUAGCAGAGCAGCUAGCAGCUCUCCAGGCCCAGCGGCCGGCCGGUGCAUCCUCAGCCUCCAGCCAUGGCGUUGGUUACACUGCAGCGGUCCCCGACCCCGAGUGCCGCAUCCACCGCCAGCACAGCAACGACAGCCGCGGGGGAGGAUUUUGGGAGUGAAGAUGAACGGCGAAUAAAUCAGAGCCUGAGCGAGAGCUUCUUCAUGGUGAAGGGUGCUGCCCUCUUCCUGCAGCAGGGGAGCAGCCAACAGGGCCAGAAAGCACAUCCGCCCCACAAACAUGCAGGCGACUUACCUCAACACCUGCAGGUGAUGAUAAACAUUCUUCGCUCAGAGGACAGAAUCAAACUGGCGGUGCGGCUCGAGAGUGCAUGGUCAGAUCGUGUGCGUUACAUGGUGGUGGUGUAUACCAGUGGACGACAAGACACAGAGGAGAACAUCCUACUGGGAAUCGACUUUACCAGCAAAGACUGCAAAAGCUGUUCGAUAGGCAUGGUGCUACCUCUGUGGAGUGACACAAAGAUCCAUCUGGAUGGAGAUGGGGGCUUUACUGUGAACACAGCGGGUCGGACUCAUGUCUUCAAACCCGUGUCGGUGCAGGCUAUGUGGUCAGCCCUGCAGGUGCUGCACAAGGUAUGUGAGGUGUCGCGCAGGUAUAACUACUUCCCUGGAGGCAUGGCUCUCACCUGGAUGGGCUACUAUGAGAGCUGCAUCGCCUCAGACCAGAGCUGCAUCAACGAGUGGAAUGCUAUGAAGGACUUGGAGACUACCCGGCCAGACUCACCCACCAUGUUUGUUGACAAGCCGUCAGAGAGAGAGAGGACAGAGUGCCUUAUCAAAGCCAAACUCAGAAGCAUCAUGACGUGCCAGGACCUGGAGAACGUCACCUGCAAACAGAUUCGUACAGAGGUGGAACAACACAUGAGCUGUAACCUGAAGGAGUACAAGGAGUUCAUUGAUAAUGAAAUGCUGCUGAUCCUGGGCCAGAUGGACAAAGCCACUCUCAUCUUUGACCACGUAUACCUGGGAUCAGAAUGGAAUGCAUCUAAUUUGGAGGAGCUGCAGGAGACGGGGGUGGGCUAUAUCCUCAACGUUACCCGGGAGAUAGACAACUUCUUUCCAGGCACAUUCAAUUAUCACAACAUACGUGUCUAUGACGAAGACGCCACAGACCUCCUGGCUCACUGGAACGACACGUACAACUUCAUUGUUAAAGCAAAAAAGAACUGCUCCAAGUGUCUAGUUCACUGCAAGAUGGGUGUCAGUCGAUCUGCUUCCACUGUCAUUGCUUACGCCAUGAAGGAGUUUGGCUGGUCGCUGGAGAAGGCGUAUAACUUUGUCAAGCAAAAGAGGAGCAUCACACGACCCAAUGCUGGCUUUAUGAGACAGCUGGCUGAAUAUGAGGGCAUCCUGGACGCAAGUAAACAGCGUCACAACAAGCUUUGGCAUCCAGAUGCAGACUGCGAGAUGGCUGAGGGGCAGCAGGGGUUGCAGUGUUGUGGUGGAGAGGAGGGAAGUCACCUGACUCCCGAGCCAGGGAUGUCUCCUUGCUGUGAGGAGGCGCUCUCAGAUAAGGGAGCCGCCUGUCCCUCCCCCCGCAGGGCUGUUGCGCUGGAGAUCGACCCCGCCUACAACAAUUACUAUUUCCGCCGGCUCUCUGACUCUGCACUGGACAGUGAACCAUCAACUCCUGUGCGCGGCCCUCCCCUCGUCGGCAUGGAGAAAGUCUUCAUUGAAAUCGAUGACGUGGAGCGGGACGCUCUGCUGGAUGACGAGGCUUUCGAUGGACGCGAAGGCCUCCCUCUCCCCCACUUUGGGCCAACAGCUGAAGGAACUGCUGCCCAGACAAGCUCUCGGGGACCUGAGCCUCUUGAAGAGCUGCGUCUGAGGCUUGAGUUCAGCACAGUGGAAGAGGAGGAUGAGGAGGAGGUGCAAAAGGAGGAGGCAGAGAUGGAGGUACUCAUGCAACCAGAUGAUGGAGGGGGUGGGGGAGCAGGCGGAGGAGAGGAAACGCAAGAUGUUGAGGUGGAGGGGGAUGCAGAUGGCAAUGGGAUGGACCUGGCAACCCUAAAUGAAAAUUCCAACAAUAACAACCAUAUGAUCACUCCAAUUAACCUUAAUGAAACCGCUGACUCUGCCCCUCCUUCCAGGGCCAAGCAAAAAGAAGACUGUCCACCCAUUGUCUCUAAGCUUUGCCUUAACUCCAGUCCUUCUGAAGUCCUAAGUGCUUCGUACCCACUGCCCCAUUCUUCUUCUAAAUGCCUAAAGUCUUCAGUUGUAGUGCUGCACCCCUGUGGCCCUCUUUGUGACUGUGCCAACUGUGCUGUCUCCUCUCCUAAAGCUCCACUUGACAGAGACAUGCAGCCAGUAGACCCACCGCAUUUAAUGGAGCUGAAGGACGAUGGUGAUUUAGUCAAAGUAAAGACUGAUAGUCAAAGUAGUCAAUCUGCUGCUGCUGCCUCUGAGGCUGUCCCUGAGCUAGUGAGCAUGGAUGCAGAGGAGGAGAAACAAGGUGUGGCUUGUUACAUUGGCCAACAACAGGAGACCCUUUCUCAGCUGCAGCGGUCUGGGCUGGUCCGCCGCCGUGCAGAGAGACUAGAGAGACUUUCAGGUUUAUCCCAGGAGAGCCUGCACUUUCUGAAGCCUUUGCACGCAUGCCAAAAGAACAGCCCCUUUCACCCUGAGGAGGAAGAGGAGUUCCCCAGCAUUACCGGAGACUUCCCCAAAUCUUCCACUCCAUGCCAAGUGCGGUUAGAGCCUCUGGUGGUGCCACUGACCAAUGAAGCCUUGUUGGGGGUGGUGGGCUCGGGGUUGCUCACACCCACCACCUCACCUCAUGGCUCGACACUGACACGCAGCUCCAGCAGCGACAGCCUGCGUAGCGUCAGGGGGAAACCUGGCCUUGUGCGUCAGAGGGCGCAGGAGAUUGAGACCCGCAUGCGUCUGGCGGGCCUUACCAUUCCCUCAAGGCUGAAGCGGUCCAACUCGCUGGCCAAGUUGGGCAGCCUCAACUUCUCCUCGGAGGACCUGUAUUCAGCCUGCUCCUCAGACGCGGGAACGCUGCUGCUCCUCUCGCUGUCACCAGAGCCAGACCCGGGCCAAGACUGGGACUCCCCCAACCCAUUUGCUGCACCCCGGCCCUGCAAGGACCUGCACACUCCAGAGAGAAUGCUACCAGGUGAGCCCAGAAGCUGACACACCAAGGGGAGGUUGUGUAAACUCUACCCUUCCCUUCAUCCGUCAUCCUGUGGGGCUGGAGAAUCUAAUGAAACAAGAGAAAACAUAUAAACAAUGCCAAUCGUUGUUCUAAGGAGUGCACUCUCUCCUUUGCCACAUUGUUCUUUAAACUGCUGUUCACAGUGAUGAUAGUCAUAUUGCUGUAUCUGUGUAAGCCAUCAGUUCACCUCUAACUUGGUUUGAUUCAUGGACAAACAAGUGCCUUACCUAUGAGACCAGAGGCACAGAGCUGUGGUAGACUGCAGGAUGAGACGGUACAAGACCCUCUAUAACCUUUAACUUCACAGCCAGUAGAACCUGAUAUGUACCAAACUAUGGUAUUCGUGGGCACUUAGAUUAUUUUUACCUGCCUGGUCCAAAGUGGUAGUCUACAUGGAUGAACUUGAGUCCUUCAAUGGAGCGUUGACAGAGAGCAAAGUGUUAAUAAUAUACUGUAUGUAGAAUUGUUAACCACACAGUCCUGGUUCUAGAUGCUAGAGGGUUGUAAAUUGAAUGGUUACCUCAUGUUGCAUUCAUGGAGCUCUUUCCCAGAUGAACACAUGGCUAGACUUAAGUUUACUUCAUUCAAGGAAAUCAGUUUUGAACUCACUUUAAUGUGGAAGUGUGUGUUUAUGCAUUAAUGCGUAACUUUAUGUGAGUUUGCGAGUGAGUGAAUGGGAUGAAAUAAAGAGAGGAGGUUGUUACUUUGUUAAGCCUGAGGCUUGCUCACUGUUUUCAACAAACAGAACAAAACAUUUCUGAGUUUGUUCUUACUUUGCACUGUUUUUUAUUGAGUGAAUACUGGUACACACAAGCUAUCUUCCAAAAUAACAUUAGUGUAAUGUUAUUGACCUCAUCAUUCCCUACUGUGUUGCUGGGAGAGCAGAGUGAGGAGUCAUGCUGCAUGGCUUGAAAUCAUAAUACAAAUGCCUAGUGUGACAGAAACUGAGGAUUUAAUGGCACUCAAGUCGUGUAAUAUAAGUGACGAUUUUUUUUUCCCAUGUUUAUGAUAUGAAAUCAAAAUAUUCAACAUUUUACUUCCAGAACUUCUUGAUCUUAAAAAUAGCUCAUCCUGGACGGUUGCCAAUGUGUUAAACUCAUUUGUGCUUUUUAAAAUGUGAAAGACCAAAGUUUCUUGGCUGUCUUGACAAAUUGGAAACACCAUUGAAGCUGUACAAAAUGUGUGAACCAUAAUUUCAAUCAUGUUAGUAUUUAAAGAAAUGCUGUCACAUCUUUUUUGCACCUUUUGGGAGAAACUAGAGCGACUCAGUGAAGUCAUCAGGCUCAUAGCUGUUAAGCUUUUUAUGCUCAUAUCAUCGGUGAGUUCUAAAGCUUCCUGUCACGCCUUCGUGACAACGAUCACAACAGGUUACUUCACUGUAUGUAACCUUUUUCUUUUUAUAUUUAAGUAUGCAGUAACUUUUGUACUGUACAUUGCUGUAGUUUGAAUGCAUAUUGCACUUUUUAUGUUGAUCAAAACAAUGUACUGUAUGUGUUCAUUAUGGAAAUAAACAUUUCUUUUACAUAAGA